GGGGUGCGUGCGUAGCGCCGCGCAGGCGCGGUGCGCGCCGGGGUGGCGGCGGCGGCCAUGUCGGUGCAGGAGGACCCGGUGCAGCGGGAGAUCCACCAGGACUGGGCCAACCGCGAGUACAUCGAGGUGAUCACCAGCUCCAUCAAGAAGAUCGCGGACUUCCUCAACUCCUUCGACAUGUCGUGCCGGUCCCGGCUGGCCACCCUGAACGAGAAGCUGACGGCGCUCGAGCGCAGGAUCGAGUACAUCGAGGCCCGGGUCACCAAGGGCGAGACGCUGACGUAGGCCUGGGGCGGCCCCGGGCCCCCCUCCCCGCCGGAGCACCGCCGCCCCGCACCCAGCUCGGGGCCUGCCGCCACUACUGCCUCUGCUUCUGUUGCCAAUAAACUGCUGUGCUCCUGC